UUGCAUUAAAGAAAAAACAACGGAGAAGCGAAAGGGCAAAAAGUUUGGAGAAACUCAGCUCCCUAUCAAUUUCGUCGUCACGCAGUAGCAGGAGUGCUUUACCGCCUCCUCGAGCGACUAGAUCGCCGGAACCCUUUGCUGCCGUCAUCCCUUUGGUUUCGAUUUUCUGUCAUCUGCCAGCGUUUAUAACGCUCAGGUAAGCAUCUGGCCACCGUCGCCUCCGCCUUUUGUUUCGAAUCAUAGCCAGAACAGCGCGCUCUCCCUUUCUUAAUCUUGGAGUUCUCAGUGUUUUAGCUUUCUGGGUUCCCAAUUAAUCUAGAUAGUAGAUAUAUGAACGAUGAAUGGUCUGAUUUUGAGGAUGGAGCCUUCUAGCCGCAUGAAUGUUUGCGCCCGUCGUCCGAGGGGAUUGGCGAGAUAGGGUUAGGUUAUCAAGCUUCGGACGCGAGAAUACCUAGGGCGAGGCGCUCUAAGAUGGGAGAUGAAGUCGAGGGAGAAAGUAAGAGGAAAUCGUUAUCAGCGGUGGAAAGUCUUGCGGUGCCGGAUGAGGAGGACGAACGGCCGAUUGGCUCUCUGUUCAAUUUGAGAAAGUCGAGGGGUGUGAAGAAGGGUAGGCCUCUGCUUGCACAAUCUAGGGUUGAAAACCCUAGCGUUAAGAUGUUAGAUUCAGGCGGAUUGGAUGCUACAUUGGCUAGUUUUAGGAAGAAUAUAAGGGGAUUGAAGAAAGUUAAGGAUGAGGCUGGUGCGGAAUUGUGUGGAGAUGUAGUGAGAGGUUCCCCUCCCGAGCUAAUGGGGGGAAUUGCUUCACCUGCUAAGGUGGUUCUUACUGGAAAACCUCAAACUUGGAGGUCUAAGCGGGCUAUUUCCAAGGGGGAUGGUUAUGUUGGGGAUUUAGAUCUUCUUGGGAUCCCUGAUGGUUCUUCGGAUUCAAGUUUCGAAGAUUCAUUGUCUGCAUACAUUCAGAGGGCCCAAUCUAGCGCUGGUAGUGGAGUGAAGUCUGCUAAAGCGCCGAGCAAGCAGAUAGCAAGAAAUUUGGGUUCUGUGGUUCUGUCAAAAGAUAGCUCUGAUGGGGAGAAGAAACAUCCGAGGGGAGCUAGGUUGGGAAGAAAAUGUACUGCUGCUAAUCCUGCAGAGGUGACGGUGGUUGCUGGAUUCGGUGGGAUUUCAGAUCAGGUUUCCAAAGAAGAAAGUAUAUUGGCAGGAUUUGACAGGGAAACAAACCCUUUACUGAAACUGAGGAAGAGAGGUAGAAGCCGAAAAUCUGACAGAGCUGCCAAAAACUGUGCCUCUGGAGAUCUCAUUAACAGAGAUGAAAACAUGAUUACAGGAUUUGCUGGGGAAGCAAACCCUUUACUUGCACUGAAGAGGAAAGCGAGGAUUGGAAAAUCUGAUAGAGCACUCAAGGACUCAACCUAUGAAAGGAUGAUAACUUCCCCUUUGAUUUCUACUGUUGAAGUUAAGGUAGACCUUGAUAAGAUUGAGAAAAGUGGUGUUGAUAAAGUAUCACAAGAAAUUUUGGAAAAUUCAGCAGUCGCUUGUUUUGACCUUGAUAUAAAUAAACUUAACACAGGAGGUGAAGAAGGUAGAGUAAGCAACCUUUCAGGCCAUGAGAAUGGAUGUCAUCCUAAUUCUAGUGGAUUUGUAGAUGAACUGAGAUGUUGCCAGGUGAAAGAGGAGCAGCAGUCCUUGCAUGAUGGCUUGCAGCAUUGUUCUAAUGGUAGCACGAGCCGCAAGAAUGAAAUUGUUGAGCUUUAUCCAAGUGGUUUAUGUCCACCUAGAACCUGUAGGAUUGCUGAAUCCAACCAAGCUUCUCAUACAGUUGAUGAAGUUAAUCAAAAUUUGAUGAUGUGGACAUCAGAACCCAGUGGUUUCCAAAAGGAAGCUGCUGAUACCAGCCUUUCUUUUGUUCAAGGUUCAUGUUCUCUGCAGCUGACAAUCAUUCCGGAAGAUUUUUCUGGGUCUACUGAUUGUAAAUCUCAAGCACUUCCUCCCUCGAUUUUGCAGGAGAAUGAUGCCACCUCUUUUGGAGACUGUAUGUUAAAUGACACAUGUAUAGAAGCUCCGAGUCUGAAGGCCGGUACCAUGCUUCAAUGUACUAGUGUGCCAUUUGACGAAACAACUGGCAAGCCAAGUGCUUAUUCUGAGAAGCUAUUAGAACUGUCUGGAGAGACCAUUGUGGCACCUAUUAUCCAAAAAACUUUGAUUGAGUCUGUUGAUGAAGGAUUUACAAAUCAACCUAUUGUUGUUGCACCCAAAGAACAAUUUUUGGUUACAUCUGAAGUUCUUUCUAUUGCUAAUGUUGUUGAUGCAUCAUUGCAGAAUGCUGUUUUAACUAAUGGAAUUCAACAUCUUGAAGAAUCUAAACAACCUGAUUCUGGUCAUUUGGAACAUGAACCUACAGUUCCGCGGGCAUUACGGAAUGUGAAAAAACGUAAGCAUGGUGACAUGGCUUAUGAAGGGGAUGAUGGUUGGGAAGUUCUUAUGCAUGAGCAAGGACUUUUUACAAAUAUUUCUAUUGAUGAUUAUCAUUCUACCACCAAUUUAGAGAAACCUAGUUCUUCUGAAAUCUUAUGUGAUGUAAGUGAUGGAGGUGCAUCAGCUGUUGCUGCUGGUUUGAAAGCUAAUACCCUUAGCCCAAUUGAGAAAAUCAAAUUUAAAGAUGUUAUUAAGCGCAAAGGUGGUCUUCAGGAAUACCUAGAAUGCAGGAAUUUGAUUUUACGCUGUUGGAGUAAAGAUGUCAAACAUAUAUUGACACUUGAAGAUUGUGGGCUAUCUGAAAGUUCUUUAGAAGACGAGCAUUCUCGAAUAUCCCUUAACCGUGAUAUAUAUAAGUUUCUGGAUCAACAUGGUUAUAUCAAUUCAGGAAUUGCUGCAGAAAGGGGUCCAAAAAACUCUGCUUCACUUGUUUCUGAACCACUGAAGGAAUCAAAAUCUAAGAGAACCUGUGAUUUGAAGAACACUAGCUCUGAGGAUGAAGCAGCUUAUCUAGUUGGUGAGGUUGAGGGUUCUGAAAAUAUGAAUGGAAUGGUCAACACUGUAAUAUGCCAAGCCCAACCUAAAAAAAGAACAUCUGAGGAAGAAGCUAAUGAAGAUAAGGAUCCGUUUGAGUCUAGCCGUGUAUCUAAAUCAUCUGUCCAGGCAAAUAUCGGAGAAAAUGUAUGGGGCCAAAAUGAGCCAGUAUUUGCAUCAAGUGAUAUACAAUCAUUUGACUGUACCUGCCAAGAAAGGGAUUAUUACUGUGAUAAAGUAACAACAAGUUUUUGUGCGGUCCAUCCCUGGAAAAGCGAAGGUCAUAAUAUGGUUGAACUCGAUGCCUCAAAAACCAUUAGAAUGGUUGAUCCAGUGAAAUCACAUGUGUCCAUGAAACAGAAAACUUCUGAAGGGAGUGGUAGUGUUGAAUUCAAUUCUAGUUUGCUGAGGAAAAUAGUAGUUGUUGGGGCUGGACCUGCUGGCUUAACUGCAGCACGCCAUUUACAGCGUCAAGGGUAUUAUGUUACUGUUCUAGAGGCUCGAGGUAGGAUAGGAGGUCGAGUGUACACUGAUCGCACAUCCCUUUCUGUUCCUGUGGAUCUUGGAGCCAGCAUUAUAACUGGCGUUCAGGCUGAUGUUGCAACUGAAAGAAGACCAGACCCUUCCUCUCUAAUAUGUACUCAGUUAGGUCUGGAGUUGACCAUUUUAAACAGUGAUUGCCCUCUUUAUGAUAUAGUAACAGGUCAUAAAGUCCCCACUGAUUUGGAUGAGGCUCUUGAAGCAGAAUACAAUAGUCUUCUUGAUGAAACCUUGUUAUUCAUAUCAGAACAUGGUGAGAAUGCAAUGAAUAUGUCUCUUGAGGAUGGGCUGGAAUAUGCUCUUAAGAGGUGUCGGAUGGCUUUGUCAACAUCAUCUGUCGCAAAGGCAGAACAGGUAAAUGUUGCUUCAGCCAAAAAUGGAACUACAUGUAGCGGUGGUGUUGUUCAGAAAACAGACAUAUUGAGUCCUCUUGAAAGAAGGGUAAUGGAUUGGCACUUUGCAAACUUGGAGUAUGGAUGUGCUGCCUCACUUAAGGAAGUAUCCCUUCCUUAUUGGAAUCAAGAUGAUGUUUAUGGGGGAUUUGGUGGGGCUCAUUGUAUGAUUAAGGGGGGUUAUGGCGCUGUUUUAGAUUGUUUUGCUAAAGGUCUUGACAUACAUUUGAAUCAUGUAGUCACUGAAAUCUUUUAUGAUAUUAAUGAUCCCAAUGGCACUGAUCAACACUCAAACAAAGUGAAAGUAUGCACAUCAGCUGGGCAAGAGUUCUUAGCUGAUUCAGUUUUGAUUACCAUUCCGCUAGGAUGCCUUAAAGCAAAUACUAUCAAAUUUUCACCACCUCUGCCUGAUUGGAAAGAGUCUUCUAUCCAAAGGCUUGGUUUUGGUGUGUUGAAUAAGGUAGUAUUAGAGUUUCCUAGUAUUUUCUGGGACGAAACUGUAGAUUAUUUUGGGGCUACUGCAGAAGAAACAGACAGCAGGGGUCGUUGUUUCAUGUUUUGGAAUGUCAUGAAAACAGUGGGUGCUCCGGUUCUUAUAGCACUUGUGGUUGGGAAAGCAGCUGUAUAUGGACAGAAUUUAAGUUCUGCUGAUCAUGUUAAUCAUGCUUUGAGUGUUCUCCGUAAACUUUUUGGCGAAGCUUCUGUGCCUGAUCCAGUUGCCUAUGUUGUCACAAAUUGGGGUGUGGAUCCUUUCAGCAGAGGUGCUUACUCCUAUGUUGCAGUUGGGGCUUCUGGGGAGGACUAUGAUUUUUUAGGUAGGCCAGUUGCAAACUGUUUAUUUUUUGCAGGAGAAGCUACCUGCAAAGAGCACCCAGAUACAGUUGGUGGUGCUAUGAUGAGUGGCCUUCGAGAAGCUGUACGUAUUAAUGACAUUUUAAGUACUGGUAAGGAUUAUGUUUUGGAGGUUGAGGCAAUGGAGGACAUGCAAUCAAGGUCUGAUAGUGAAAGAAAUGAAGUGCGAGACUUGUGUAAGAGACUUGAUGCGUGUAAACUUUUCCAUUAUGCUUGCGGUAGCUCUUCAGAUGGAACACGGAAGUUAUUGGCUGAGGAAGCCCUACUGCAGGACAUGUUCAUCAGUGCAAAAACAACUUCUGGAAGAUUGCAUCUUGCUAAAGCGAUGUUGAGUCUCCCUGUGGAGGUUCUCAAGUCGUUUGCUGGCAACAAAGAAGGCCUUGGCAUUCUAAACUCUUGGAUUCUUGAUUCAUUGGGAAAGAAUGCUACACAGCUUCUGCGUCAUUGUGUCCGUUUACUUGUUCUUGUAUCAACUGAUCUCCUAGCUGUUCGACUGUCUGGGAUUGGAAAGACAAUCAAGGAGAAAGUUUGUGUACAUACCAGCAGAGAUAUUCGUGCUAUUGCAAGCCAGCUAGUAAGCAUGUGGAUCGAAGUUUUCCGCAAGGAAAAGGCUGCAAAUGGUAGAUUGAAGCUUCUGAGGCAGACAGCAGUUUCUGAACAGUCAAAGUUCAGAUCUAAAGAUCAGAAAUUAGUAACUACGCCUUUAUGUAGAGGAAACGAAGCAAUGGAUAGUAGGGGUAUUCUUACGCCUCCUUCAUCUGCUGGAAAUCAUUCACCGUCCAAAACAAAAUCUAGGAAAACUGAUAAGGCAGGAAAAUUAGAGUUGGCAGAGAGGAAAUUGUCAGAUACUCGGAGGAAGUUUCAAAAAUUGGAUUCUGAAAUGGGGAAUGUUACCACACCAUCUGUAGAAGCUGCUGCCCUUGAUGCUGCUGAAGCUGCACGUGCUUCUGCUAUUGCAGCUGCAAAGGCAUUUGCAUCUUCGGAAGCAGAGAUGAGCACCUUUCGAGAACUCCCAAAGAUACCAUCAUUUCAUAAAUUUGCUAGGCGUGAUCAAUACAUGCAGUUGGAUGACUCUGAUAUCAGAAAGAGAUGGUCAGGUGGUGUUUCUGGGAAGCAAGAUUGCAUGUCUGAGAUCGACUCAAGAAAUUGCAGGGUUAGAGACUGGUCUCUUGAUUUUACCUCUACAUGCAGAAAUUUUGAGAGUUCCAGACUUUCCGAUGAUAUGAACCAAAGUCUUUCAAAUGAGAUCGAAUGCCCAUUAAAUUUUGGGGAACAGUCAGGUGAAAGUGGAACAAUUGAUAGUAGAUUGACAAAGGCAUGGGUUGAUACAGAUUCUGCUAGUAAUGGCGCAGUGAAAGAUUCUUCAGCCAUUGAGAGAUGGCAACUGCAGGCAAUGGACGCAGAUGUAGAAUUUUAUAACCGCGUUCAUUUGAGGGACGAAGAGGACUCGAAUAGAAGACAGAAGCUGCAGGCUUUGAAGCAGCAUGAAUCUUCUGAUAGAAUGUCCGCCUCGCAUGUUGCAGAGAACAAAUCAUCAUGUGAAGGUCAUUCUAGAGGAGUGGAACACAUUAGACAAGGUGUUGUGGAUUAUGUUACAUCACUUUUGAUGCCUCUUUAUAAAACGAGGAAGAUUGAUAAAGAUGGUUAUAAGUCAAUCAUGAAGAAAACUGCAACAAAGGUUGUCGAACAGUGCACAGAGACAGAAAAAGUGAUGAAUGCAUAUGAGUUUCUAGAUUUCAGGCGUAAGAACAAGAUAAGAGCUUUUGUGGACAAGUUGAUUGAAAUGCACAUGGCAACAAGACCCCCAGCAAACUCUUGAUUAUCGCUUGCUGCAGAUCCUGGAAUGCCUAUAAUUCAUCACUGCAGUUUUUUGCUGCAAGGACUGUAAGCAAGUGAGCAGUUUCUUGUUUUUCAACUCCAGAACUGGAUGGUAUUUUUGCAAACUGAAUUUUGCAUGAACACCAAUGCCUUUGUACCUUUGAUAAACACGAUUAUGGCAAAGGCAUAGUUGAAAGAUCUGCCCUUAAAAUACCAGUUGAGUUUCCAUAUUGUUUAUUAUGGAUUCUUUGCUGGAGGACGGUGCUCUCGUUCCUUUUUUGUUUUGGAGGUCAGUUUCGGUUAGGGAACGGUGAAAAAGGAUCAGGAGUUCAAGAUUCGUGCAUGACUGGUCAUGACAGGCCUAUAUCCAGGAAUUGCUUUCUAAAUGUCAAAGGCCCAUUAAACAUAAAUGGACUAGAAUGUUUUUGUGUGUAGGUUUACCCACAUCACACAAGAAUCAUGUAUUCUUAGGUUCUAUUUUGACCCUAUUCUUUGUUUAGGGAAUCAAAUGUGUUUACAAGAUAAACUCUUUUUUCUUUUUUCUUUGUUCUUUUUAAAUUUUUUGGAUCUGUACAGUUUUUUCAUUUGA